CGCAGACAUCUACAAAGAUUUUUAGGUUUUGCAAACUUCUACCGCCGGUUUAUCAGAAACUACAGUCAAACAGCCACACCCCUAACAGCCCUCACCUCCUCUAAGGUCCCUUUUACUUGGUCCACUGAAGCUGACACUGCUUUCCUCCGUCUCAAGAAUUUGUUCUCUCAUGCCCCCAUCCUCAUUCAGCCGGACCCCGGUAAACAGUUCAUUGUAGAAGUGGACACUUCAGAGACUGGGGUUGGAGCGGUCCUCUCUCAGUGCUCUGGUUCUGAUAAUAAGACUCACCCCUGUGCAUUCUUCUCUCGCAGGCUCACCCCGACAGAGAGAAAAUAUGACGUGGGGGACAGAGAACUACUCGCCAUCAAACUGGCCUUGGAGGAGUGGAGGCAUUGGUUGGAGGGUGCAGAACAUCCUGUGCUGGUCUGGACCGAUCACAAGAACCUUUCUUAUCUCCAAGCUGCCAAAUGACUGAAACCCUGUCAGUCUCGUUGGUCUCUGUUCUUCGCUCGCUUUAAUCUCUGUAUUUCUUUCAGAACCGGUUCCAAGAACCAAAAACCUGAUGCUCUCUCCAGGAUGUAUUCAUCUGAUGAGCCUGAGGAGGAACCGGCUCCUGUUCUUCCACCCAGUUGCUCCAUUGCCACAGUAACAUGGGAGAUAGAGGACAUCAUUGAACAUGCUCUGCAAACAGAACCAGACCCCGGAACAGGUCCACCUAACAGAAAGUAUGUGCCCUCCGUAGUCCAAGCCCAUCUCAUCCACUGGAUCCACUCUGCUAAGUUUUCUGCACAUCCUGGGAUUAGCCGAACCGUGGCUCUCAUCAACCGUCGCUUCUGGUGGUCAUCUAUUCACAAAGAUGUCAAAGAAUAUGUCCUCACCUGCUCCAUUUGUGCCCCCAACAGAUCCUCUCAUCAACCACCAGCUGGUCUGCUCCAGCCCCUAGCCAUCCCCAAGAGACCAUGGUCCCACAUCUCCAUCGAUUUUGUCACCGGAUUUCCUUUAUCCAAAGGUACUAAUGACAAAAAACAGACUGACCCUUUGCUCGAAAGCUUUGAGUAUUUCACUGAGAAAGGGAAAGAAGAUGACCUACACAAAUCUUACAACGACAGAUCUUAUCUGAGUUCUGAGGACACCGGUGUUGGGGAGAGCCGCACAGACUUUGUAGCUCUGCUGACUGGAGUGACAGACUCAUGGCUGCCCAGCUCAAGUGGAGUCGCCAGAGCUCGUCUUUCCCUGACCAGAACCAGCAUCACCUUCUCCAUUACAUACCUGAGAUUUGGCCGCCCCGGUAAAUUAGUCUUCCUGGAUUCAGAUGGGACCACUGCUUUUGAAUUUAAAGUCCCCAAGGGACAGUCAGACAUGAUCUGUGGAGUGUGGAAGAAUGUGCCGAAGCCUCUUCUACGACAGCUGCAGUCUGAGCAAAUGCACAUUAGUAUGACAACAUCUACAGGCAAACGGGAAGAAAUCCAGGGAAAGAUCAUCAAACACAGGGCUCUGUUUGCUGAGACAUUCAGUUCAGUGUUGACGUCCGAUGAGGACAAUUCUGGUAUGGGAGGUAUUGCCAUGUUGACCCUGAGUGACUCUGAGAACAACCUCCACUUCAUCCUCAUCCUGCAGGGUCUUAUCAGACACAAAGACAAAGAGCCCAUUUUAGUGCCCAUUCGAGUUCAACUGAUGUACCGCCAACAUGUCCUGAGAGAGGUCCGAGCCAACAUCACCUCCAAUGAUCCAGAUUUCGCAGAGGUGCUGACAGACCUGAACAGCCGCGAGCUGUUCUGGUUGUCACGGGGUCAGCUGGAGAUUGUUGUGGCGACUGAGGAUCAAGAUCCAAGACAAAUCUUGGGCUUCAUCACUGGCAGGAAAUCUUGUGACACUAUUCAGAGUGUGAUGUCCAGUGGGGAUGCGCUGACCCCAGGGAAGACGGGAGGAGUGGGAUCUGCAGUCUUUAACCUCAAUGAUAACGGAACAUUGGAAUACCAGGUUCAGGUUGCAGGUCUCAGCAGUGAUGUAGUCGGCCUGACGAUAGAGCUGAAACCACGACGUCGAAACAAGCGCUCGGUCCUUUACGAUCUAACACCCGAGUUCAGUCAGACCUCGGGACAGGCGGUGGGCAGCUGGAGUCGUCUGGAGGCUCGACACAUCCACAUGCUGCUGCAGAAUGAGCUCUUCAUCAAUGUGGCUACAGCACACAGCCAGGAGGGGGAACUCAGGGGCCAAAUCAAGGCCCUGCCAUACAGCGGCUUAGAGGUGCCCAGACAGGGAUUGCCUACCCCUCUAGCUGGCCACUUCUUGUCUCCACCAGUAAGAACAGGAGCUUCUGGCCACGCCUGGGUGUCAGUGGACAAACAGUGCCACCUGCACUAUGAAAUAGUAGUCGCGGGUCUGAGUAAGAAGGAGGACGUCACUGUGAAUGCCCACCUACAUGGACUGGCUGAGAUCGGGGAGCUGGACAACAGCAGCACCACACACAAGAGGCUGCUGACGGGCUUCUAUGGCUCCCAGGCUCAGGGAAUUUUAAAGGACCUUAGUCUUGAAUUACUGCAACACCUGGACCAGGGAACGGCCUUCAUCCAAGUCAGCACCAAGCUGAAUCCCCAAGGAGAAAUACGAGGACGGGUCCAUGUUCCAAACAGCUGCGAGUCUGGAGCCGGAGCCGAGGUGGAGGAGGCCGAGUUGGAUGACACGUUGCUGACAGAUCCCGAGGAACUAAAGAAAGACCCCAACACUUGUUUUUUUGAGAACCAGCACCACGCUCAUGGUUCCCGCUGGACGCCUAACUAUGACAAGUGUUUCACCUGCAGCUGCCAGAAGAGGACAGUAAUCUGUGAUCCUGUCAUCUGUCCCGUGUUGACCUGCUCCAGAACCAUUCAGCCUGAGGACAAGUGCUGUCCCAUCUGUGAUGAAAAGCGAGAGCCCAAAGACAUGAAAGCUGGAGAGAAGGUGGAAGAACAUCCUGAAGGGUGUUACUUUGAAGGAGAUCAGAAAAUGCAUGCUCCAGGAAUAUCAUGGCAUCCGUUUGUUCCUCCAUUUGGCUACAUUAAAUGUGCUGUCUGCACCUGCAAGGGGUCUUCAGGGGAGGUCCACUGUGAGAAGGUGACGUGUCCAGUGUUGGUCUGCAGUCACCCGGUGAGGCGUAAUCCCUCAGACUGCUGUAAGGAGUGUCCGGAGGAGGAGAGGACCCCUGCAGGCCUGCGGCACACUGACAUGAUGCAGGCAGACGGUCCGCGGCACUGUAAAUUUGGAAAGAACUAUUACCAGAACAGUGACAGUUGGCACCCCUGGGUGCCGCUGGUGGGCGAGAUGAAGUGCAUCAACUGCUGGUGUGACCACGGGGUGACUAAGUGUCAGAGGAAACAGUGUGCGGUGCUGACCUGCUCCAACAUCACUCGCACCGAGAAUUCCUGCUGUCCUGAAUGUGCUGAUCGGAGAUCAGCUGACACUGGAAAAGAUCAGAUUCUCAUCUAUACCUCCACAAAGAUUCCAAAGAGCAAGAUGACCUGAUGGUGAAAACACCGGACAGAAGACGAGCCUGGAGACACUAAUGUUUUGGACUGCACUCACUGCAAAGACAAAUCCCCUUUCUCUUAGCCCUUCAGCACCCUCCUCCUUCUUAUCCCACACCCCAGAACAGCACACUGGGGUCUCCUAUCCUCACCUCCUCUGACCCAACACCCACCCUGAGAUCAGCUUCAAGAUUGUAACAAGGAAAGACAAAAUGGACAAGAGAGGAAGACAGAAACAAAAGACUUAAUAAGUGAAGAGUCAAAGCUUUGAAGAGGACCAGCCCAACCUUAUUUGCCUUCUGCUUCCUGCCCUUCAGUGUUUGUCAGAGUUCAACAGAACACUGGAAAUCCAGGGAAGGUGUCAAAAAGGGAUUGAAAUCCAGCUGGAUUUGAAAAAGCAAGUGUUGGAGGGACUGAAGGAUUCAACUUAACUGAGAUUCUCUUUGAAGCCCAGCCAGCACAAAUGAGACUGUCACUGGACAUAUAGAUGAAGAAGGUUGCUUAAAUCUGGGCCAGUGCGUGUAUUUAUGUGUGACUUUUCUUCUUUAGGUUUUUGAUAAAAAGGCUUCUCUACCCAUCUGUUUUAUUGAAAGAAUAUAUUUCCACUCAGUAUCACUCCUGUUGCAGAUUAAAAUCAGAACUUGGAAACAUUUCCCGCUGGUCUUCGUUCUUCAGAUUGUGUUGUUCCUGUUUUUUUAUUAUCUUUUUUUACUCAUUGUGAAGUUUGUAGCAGGUUUGUAUUUUGUAUUUAUUGAACAGUGUGGGAACAAAAUAAAAAGCUUUUUUAUUUGGUAAAA